GUCGCGUUUCAGUACUGUCGCAACCCAUCCACAUCGCCCCCCAACCCGGUGCAGACUGCAAACACUCGAUCUGACAGUCCCUGUCCCGGGGCGCGGGCGGCAGAUCGCUAUGGUGCUACAUAUGGUCGCCACCCGUUCACACCAUUACUAGCACACAACCACAACGCAACCACCCACCGUCCCGGCGACGACGCUCCCAACCGCCAGAAUGCUCGGCCUCCCCCGCCCGCUGCUCGCCCUGCUCUACCUCGCUCUCACAUCCGCCUCCGCCGCGCCCUCGCCCCCACUCAUCACCACCGAUUUUGCCAUGUCGCUCGUCCCGCGCAACACGCUCUUCUACCGCCAGAUGAAAGAUCUGCAGUCCUUCGACGGCGCCCUGGCCGGCGUCCGCGCCUCGCCCAUCAUGAACUCGGGCAUUCCCGACCGCCCGUUCCAGGUCGACGGCAACAACUUCCCGGACUUUGCGUCCGCGGCCCAGAGGAGUUGCGAUGAGCAGUUCCAGGGGUGUCAGCUGGCGGCGAACCAGGGCGGAAAUGGCAAUGGGAACGGAAACGGAAAUGGAAAUGGGAAUGACAACGGUAAUGGAAACGGCAACGGCAACGGCAAUGACGAGAGAGAUUCAAAAGGCAAAGGCAAGGGGAAAAAGGCGCGCGACGAUGGGCCGGGCGGCGGACCUGACAACAAGUCUAACAACGGGCCUCGCAGCCCCGGCCCUGACGGCGGCUUGACAGUGAGCAUGUGCGAGCAGCAGCGAGACCAGUGCAAGCAGACGCAGCAGCAGGCGCAGGUGCAGGACUUCCAGUCGCCUGUCGCGAGCACAAACAUCGGGCCCGAUCCGCUGUUCCCGGAUUUCGAUCUCAUCUGCGAGGGAUGAGGGUGAGGUACUUGCAGACUUGUGGGGGAGGUGCUGGGGCCGUAAUGAUCCAGACUGGACGCGAGGGUAAUACACCGGUCUAGAAGGCCACGUCCUGUAAUGCGAAGACGUGGAUGAUCCGGGGCAGUAGAGUAGUCGUAAUACGCAGCCGC